UUUCUGCAUCUGCUUCAGCCAUUUGCUCCUUCGUUCUUCCAGUCCAUUGUUCCUGCACCAGUCGCCACAGCUAAAGAGCUGUCCACAUUUUUUUGGUUGGGUUUGAGAAUUGUCUGCCGAGUCAAGAUGGCAAGGAUGAUAAUUUUGGUGGCUGUGUUCAUGUUAUUUGGAUCGUCUCUUGGGUGCCUAUUUGGAAAAUGGUUCAUUCAGUGUGGGAAGAAUAUUAAAAAUUGCAUAACUCCUCCAAGUCAACCAAUCCAACUAGACAUGGCUCCAGACUCUGUUGAUGACAUGUACAACAAAUGUGAAGAGAAGAUGAAGGAAAAAAUAGAGAAAGAAUUUUUACAAAAUGAGAAAAACAACAAUCAAAACUUCAAAGAUGCCUGGGACAAAGCCGCGGUAUACUACAACAGUAAAUCGGCGCAUGACCCGCCACUGAAGAAAGAACAAAUCAUGGCUGCUCAUGCGUACACCCUUGAAGAACCACCUUUUUACCGUGAAUUCAACAACGCAGUCCGAAAACAAAACUCUGAGUACAAAACCACAUUCCAGUAUCACACUCUGCACUUCUACCUCACCAUGGCCCUGCGCAACAUCAAACCUACAGCAGAAAAUUGUGUCACCGUUUACCGGAGAACACCCUGCAAAUUCAGCAAAGAUAUUCAAAACAAAGAGAUUCGUCUGGGUGCUUUUUCCUCCAGUUCGAUGGGUGACUAUUCUGAUCCAGAGUUUGGUACCAAGUCAUGCUUUGAGAUCACAACAUGUUUUGGAGCAAGCAUCUCAAUGUUCUCUAAGUUUCCAAACGAAAGAGAAGUCCUGAUCCCUCCAUAUGAGGUUUUUAAAGUAACAGCUAUAAAGGAAAGCUCAAAGAAAAACAAGCUUCCUUGUGAGGUUGUUUACACGCUGGAGAGCACAAAAACAACUCAAUCCAAUUUAAACUGUGCUCUAAUCUAGAAGAAACAUCUGCAUGGUUUUAACUGAACAGUCUAGAAAUAAAAGUAACAGCAAAUUUGGACAUGAUUUGAGAUUUUUAAAGAAAAUUGGCUAUUCAGUUCUGUUUAACAAUUAGAUAUGAUAACAAAUAUACAACAGUAAGUGUGAACACCUGAAAUCAUUUUAUUAAAAAAACGGUCUAGAUUGUAAAGCUGAAAUUAUUGAAAUGUUGAUUCACAUGAGUUCACAUCAAUUUGAACUACUAUCAUUAACUUUCUCCUCUCUUAGCUUGUUGCAGCAGGCAGCUUAAGUCUGUUUACUGAUUCAGACAUGGCUUUUUAAAUAUAUUAUACUUAAAUGAUGAUGAGCUACAAACAUUUACUCUUCACACACAGAUGGGAGUUUGAUAAAUGUUAUGUUUCCAUAAUCCAACAAAAUAUAAAGCAUUUCAGUCAAUAUUUCAUGAUGUUUUGGUUGCAGGUCAAAUCAAAUCCGGGUAUUUGUCCUGACAGCUUCACUCAUCAAAUUCAAAUGCCAAGAAUAUUGUUAUUGGUGACCAAUCAGAAACCUUUAUGACAAGCCAUAGUGACUGUUUAAAAUAAUUUACAGUCUAUGUGAGAAAGGAAACUGCACAACAAUUCAGAAGACAGACAAAACAACAAUCCAUCACUUUUACUAUAUUUUGUCACUUUGAAACUCAUAAAUUUUCAUAGAGUGUGUUUAAAGUGAGUCAUUCCUUCUUACUGUCGCCACAUGCUUGAUCAAGAUGUUCAUUUAAACUCAUAAUAAUUAGCUGAGCUGCUUUAGAUUGUAAUUAUUUUAUGUGACUCCAAUGAAAAACGAUCAUCUGCAUUUGACUGUAUUGUAUUAAGAAUUGAAUUGUGAACUGCAUGUGCAUCUGAAACUAGAUUUGAAUCUGAAUGAUUGGACUGUUUUAGAUCAAUAAGAUUUUAAUUUGAACCAAAAUACAUUCAGUGAGACUGAACACAAAUUUGACCUUUUUGUCUCAUGUGAGACAAUAUCUGUUGUGAAUUCUUGUCAUUUAAAACAAGUUUAAAAACUUUAGAUUUUAAAAGUGUCUUUAAAACAGUCAAAUGUUUGAUGGUUGUGAUCAUUUAUUUUGUGCAUCUGCUGUAUUUCCUGAUUGAUUUUUCUGUUUUAAUAAA